CGCGCCGCCGCGCCGGUUUUCUGAACGCUAUUACAAUCCCUGUCCUGCCUCUUUGUUUUCUUCCUCUCCCUCAACGGAUUCCCCAAAGCCCUCUCCUUUUCCUCUUUAAAACCUCAUUUCCUCCCCUUUCCUUCCAUUUCCUUCCUUCCAAUCAAACCAUUCUCCCUUCCCUUCCCCUCCCCAUCUCCAGCAAAUGUCGUCCUCCCUUUCCACACCCUUCUCAGCUUCCUUCUCCACUGCGGCUAUAGCCGCUGGCAAUUCCACUCAGCACAGUAUCCGUUCACUCUCCAACCUCUCCUUCCGGCUCUCCCCUAAUCCACGAAUUCCAUGCUUCAGCAAGGGGUUGAAUCAUAGUCAGAACAGCUCUGCUGUGAUGAAAGCCCAGUUGAAUGAGGUAUGCUUCAUUCAGCGGUUUUCCUUAGAGGAUCUGUUUUCAAAUUUUUGUACCUUCCUGGACAAUUUCUUUGGAUCAUCUGUUGCCUCAAAGGUUGCUGUUGACAAUGGUUCAUCAAAUGCUGCACCUGCACCUCCAGCCAAAUCAGGAGAACCAGCAGCUGAAGCAAAGGAUUCUAUGACAUCUAGUGAUACACCUCCAGCUUUGGCCACAGAGGAGUCAAUCUCCGAGUUCUUGACUCAAGUUUCAAGCCUAGUCAAAUUAGUUGAUUCGAGAGAUAUUGUGGAAUUGCAAUUAAAACAACUUGACUGUGAGCUAAUAAUACGGAAAAAGGAGGCCUUGCCUCAGCUUCCAUGUUCUGCUCCAGAUGUUGUGAUGCAUUCAUCCUCUACACUGCCAGCAAUGCCACCCACUCAGACUGCACCAGCUCCUGCACCUUCUGUGUCAGCUCCUUCAUCCCCACCUCCACGAUCUACUACGUCUGUUGCUCCCAAAUCAGCAAAAUCAUUGCUUCCUCCUCUUAAGUGUCCCAUGGCUGGCACAUUUUAUAGAAGUCCUGCACCUGGUGAACCACCUUUUGUAAAGGUUGGAGAUAAAGUACAGAAGAGACAGAUCCUGUGCAUCAUUGAGGCAAUGAAAUUGAUGAAUGAAAUAGAAGCUGAUAGAUCAGGUACCAUAGUGGAGAUACCCGUAGAAGACUGCAGGCCAGUGAGCGUUGAACAGCCACUGCUUGUAAUUGAACCCUGAAGCUAAACCGUUGAGCAGGCAAACCAAUGGAUCCUGUAGAAGAGCAAUAGGGAGUUUCAGUUGGUAAGUUAGAGGUAAAGUUGUGUGGCAUUGUAUUAUUGUGUUAGCUUAUUUUGCUUAAGUUUGUCAGUAGAGAUAGUAAGUGACUGAAUUAGAGUCAUUUAUUUGCAGUUUGGGACUUUAUCUGCAAUUUAGGGUACAGAACAAAUUUUCUUAUAAUUGGAUUCCUGAAUAAAUUGUUUGAGUGUUUAGUUGCCAGGAUGAAAUUUGUCUGCUUUUUGUGGGCACACAGAAGGGCCAAUGAAAACACCACUUUUGUUAGAUUCUCUCUCUACACACCGAAAAAGAAUUUUAUGGAAAUCUAAGAAUAUUAAAGCUUAAAUGAGUAAUCAUUUGGUUCCAAAAAUAUGAGUUAUUUUCUUAUUUUUGAUAGAAGGUAACAAACACUUAAUUGAAACCUUAACAUGAACUUGAGCUGUGAAGUCUUCUAAAGUAAACCAUUGUGUUAAAUGAAAAUUGGGUCUUAUCUCAGGUAUUUAUGAAGUUUCCCUUAAUAAUUACUAUUCGUCUUUGAUUAAUUUUAAGAUAAUGAGAGUAAUAUGUGAUUCUUUUAUAAUUUUCAUUGCAUAUAAUUAGAAACAGAGAUUCAAUGUAUGAUCAAUGUAUGAAUAUGGUUAGUUUCUUUGUUUUUUUUUUUUGGCCACACAUGUAUGGUUAGUUGACUUGGAUGAACUUAGAUGAACUUAGAUGAACCUUUGAAUAUUUUUUUUCAUCACUGAUUGUCAUGAUUUCAUAACAAGAGUGGUUAGUUUAUGUUAUUUUGUAAAAGAAAUAACUGAUAGGCAU